GACAGGGCGGCCCGUUACUAAGCACUGCACCGCGUAGGGUCUGGCAGCGACGACAGCCACGGGCAUUGACAUAAGGAAUACUGCCAGCGUGAUAACAACACAGACAGUCCUAAAUACAGUAGGGGAUGGCAGUGAAUGUGUAUGCCACAUCGGUGUCCAUUGACAACCUGAGCCGACAUGACAUGCUGGCAUGGGUCAAUGAUUCCUUGCACCUCACCUACACCAAGAUCGAACAGCUCUGUUCAGGGGCAGCAUAUUGCCAGUUCAUGGACAUGUUGUUUCCAGGCUGCAUCCUGCUGAAGAAGGUCAAAUUUCAAGCCAAGCUGGAACAUGAAUUUAUACACAACUUUAAAGUUCUUCAGGCGGCCUUCAAAAGGAUGAGUGUUGACAAAAUAAUUCCCGUAGAAAAGCUUGUAAAAGGAAAGUUCCAGGACAACUUUGAAUUCGUGCAGUGGUUCAAAAAGUUCUUCGACGCCAACUACGAUGGGAAGGAGUAUGACCCUCUACAAGCCAGACAGGGGCAGGAUGUGGCCCCUCCCCCCAACCCAGGACCACAGAGGACAUCUCCAACAGUUCCCAAAAACAUGCCAACACCGCAGCGGGUCCAACACAACACUCCGGCUAUGAGGAAGAAUCCAUCUUUGUCUAGAAAUGGGGGCAGUGAUGCUGAGAUCAUGGAGCUAAAUCAACAGUUGAUGGAGUUGAAGUUGACUGUAGACGGCCUAGAGAAGGAGAGAGACUUCUAUUUCAGCAAACUACGGGACAUUGAGCUGAUCUGCCAGGAGCACGAGAGUGAAAACAACCCCAUCCUCAGCAGGAUAAUCGACAUUCUCUACGCAACAGAGGAUGGCUUUGCAGCCCCAGAUGAUGACGAUCUCGAUGAACAGGCUCACCUGGACCAGGACGAAUACUGAACUCCUCAUCCUCUCUCCCCUCCCCUGAACAUUUCUAUCUGCCCACCCCUCCUCCUCUUUGUCCUCAUUUUGUUUUCUACUCUCUCUGCACGCUCUCUAUGAAUACUCCCCAUUAUCCCUGCUCUCUUUGUCUUUUCCUUUCUCCCUCAUGUAUAUCUGUUCGACCCCCCCUUUCCUCCUCCCUCCCUCCCCCCCGCCCUCUGCCUGUCUUCAUACUGUACACGACAACUCUGUAUCAUUUGCUGCUCCUCCCUGCCGCCACUGACUCAGUAGCAACAACAAUAUUGAAUGACAUAUCCCAGUUAUUUUAGCAUGAGCAACACAGAAAAUUGAGCCAAGACAAGGUGAUGCGAGAUGUGGAGGUUUGACAUGGCAUACAGUGACCUUCGAGUCUGUAAAUAUGUGACCGGCGUUUUGAUUUCCGAGAGAACACCGUUUUUCCGCUCACCAUGGAGUUAUUUAUUUGCCUUUUGUGCGCUGUUUUACUUCUGUUACAGCACAGACAAACCCACUGCUCCAAUGUGCCACCAGGACACUCCCAGAGCUACUGAAGCUGCAGACAAAUCAGCAAGUGAUUUUUGAAACAACGGUUUCUUAUUUAUUUAACUUAUGUUUCAUUUAGAAUAACUCUCUGUAGCAAAAAUUUGGUGCAAAACACUACUGUACAUUAACCGAAACACUGAGGCCCGUUGUGUUAUUUCAGUUUUGGUUUGUGCUUGAGUCAGCAUAGAGCUUUUUGGUUUCUGUUUGGUAGGUUCAUGGCAUGUAGAAACAUUGAAGGAAAUAGUGAUAUAACAACUCAAGGCGUAUGAUCAGUGCUCUGUGAUUAUUCAUUAUUGAUCAGCAACAUAUCUGAGCAUGAGAAUGUUACACAUUGACUGUGAAUGAGUGACAUAUUUUGUAAAUGUAUUUUAUGUAGAGAUUUUGUCUUACGUCUCACGAUUCUGGUUAAUUGCCAAUGUAUUUAUUAGGCCGACAUGCAGUAGCCUACCAGUUUAAACAUCAGAGGUGGACCCUGAACACUGACAAUAUGGGCUUAGAUUGUAGCGGUUAAAAAAAAAAAAAAAGUUAUAUUCUAAAAUAAAAGGGAGCCUGACACUGAAUUAACAUAGACAAAUUGUCACAAGACAGACUUUGUCAUGUUUUUACUACUAAUCACACUGUGUUUAUGAUUUUGAUUUGCCGUAAAGAGUCGCCCAGCUAAUGGGCAUAUGAGUUCAAGUUAAUAAGGAAGCCAAUAUUAAGGGGUCUGUGACCAGUUCAGAAUGAUGCUGGUCGUCAUUAGCAUCUAGUUAUUAAACUACGGGAGUCUCCUCGUCCUUCCCCUGCUGCUUUUACUUUGCAAACUGACCGAUGUCUGCUCUGGAACUCGCAUUCAUUGACCAUGUAAAUGUUUGCAGAACACUCAUCUUUUGAGUUUUGAGUAAAUAAACAGUUGUGAAAUAAAAA